UUUUCUUCAUGUGGUUUAAAACGGGGCUCUGGAGUUGCUGUUCAUAACUUUAUACAGUAAUGGACUCAAAACUCAUUGUCUUGUGGAUGUUCCUGUCAUCCACCUGCAUUGGAAUUAAACUUGAGGGAAAUGGAUACACUGAUAUUGUGGUUGCGAUCAGUUCAGCAGUACCAGAGGACAACACACUCAUUGAUAAAAUCGUGGAAAUGUUCACUGAAGGUUCUUUGUAUCUAUUUGAAGCAAUGGAGAAAAAGGUCUAUUUCAGACAUGUGACAAUAUUAGUUCCACCUCACUGGAACAGUAAAGAUUAUCCCAAAGCCAGAACAGAGUCAUAUGAAAAGGCUGGAAUAAGAAUUGAUAAAAAAAAUCCAGUACAUGGUGAUGAACCAUACACUAACCAGUAUGGAGAUUGUGGAAAGGAGAGUCAAUACAUUCAUUUCACCCCAGACUUUAUCCUAUAUGAUGGACUCAUUCAGACUUAUGGCUCAAGAGGAAGGGUCUUGGUGCAUGAAUGGGCUCAUUUGAGAUGGGGGGUAUAUGAUGAAUAUAAUAAAGACAAGCCAUUCUAUUUCUCCAAAGAUGUCCAAGCUACAAGAUGUAGCAAACACAUUACAGGCCAGUAUUAUGAUUUCUCUGCUGGAUAUCUUCAGUCUUGCCUCAUUGAUCCACAAACUUCACUACCUAACAAAGACUGUCAGUUUUAUCCAAACAAAAAUCAAAAAACAAAAAGCUCCAUAAUGUAUUCAACAAGCAUGGAUUCUAUAGUUGAAUUUUGCAGAGAAGGCGAACACAAUGCCGCAGCCCCAAAUAUGCAAAAUGAGAAAUGCGCUAACAGAGCUACAUGGACAGUGAUAUUUGAGGAUUCUGUGGACAGUGCUGCGCUUCAUUCUUUGCAACCACUGCAAUCUCCUCCACCAGCACCAUCUUUCACUGUUGUACAGAGAAAACAGCGUGUCGUUUGUCUCAUCCUUGAUGUCUCAGGAAGCAUGCAAGGCGCUAGGAUUCUGAGGCAGCAGCAAGCCGCCACACAUUUCCUGCAGUACAUCAUCGAAGAUCAAGCUUUUGUUGGAAUCGUAACCUUUAGCAGUGACGCUUACAUUCUUAAAAAAUUGACGCUUAUUGACAAUGAGACCACAAGAAAGGAGCUGAUCAAAUCAUUGCCAGCCACAGCAGAUGGAGGGACAUACAUCUGUAAAGGCCUCUUUAAAGGCUUAGAGGUACUUAAAGCGGACAAUUUGGAUGCAUUAGGAGAUGAAAUAAUUUUUCUCACUGAUGGUGAGGCAUCGGAUGACCUCAAAACUUGUGUUCCCGGUGCAAUACAAAGUGGUGCCAUUAUACACACGAUAGCUUUGGGUGACAAGGCUGAUCCAGCUCUGACACAGAUGGCAGAGAGCACUGGAGGGAAAUUUAUCAUUGCCACUGAUGAUUUAACCUCCAAUCUGUUAAUGGAUGCAUUUGCUUCACUAACAUUAUCAGAUGGAGACUACACAAAAGAUCCAAUUCAGCUCGAGAGUGUUGGAAUAAAAACAGCUGGCUGGUUUAAUGGAACUGUAUCAGUGGAUCGGACUGUUGGUAACAAAACCAGCUUUUUAAUCAUAUAUGAAACCAGUUUACCCACUGCUAACAUACAGUCACCAAGUGGGUUAAUCUACAGUCAGACAGAUAUGACUUCAGAUACAACAGCAAAGACAAUCACGCUAAAAAUUCCAGGAACUGCAGAGGCUGGUGACUGGAAGUACAGUAUUCUGAGUGGAAGAUCUCAGUCGUUGACUAUAACUGUAACCAGUCAAGCAGCAGACGCUGACGUUCCUCCUAUCAUUGUCAAAGCUCAUGUUAACCAGCAGAUCAGUGACGGCAGUAAACCCACGAUUGUGUUUGCUGAAGUUAGUCAGAAUUACAGACCUGUAGUUAAUGCUAAAGUUUGGGCCACACUUGAGUCUGAAACUGGGACCUCAGAAAUCAUCGAACUUCUGGAUAAUGGAGCAGGAGCUGAUGCUUUCAAAGAUGAUGGGGUUUAUUCCAGAUAUUUCAUAAAGUUAGUGAAGGGUAGAACCAGCUUGAAAGUGCGAGUGAGGAAUAAAGUUGGACAAUCCAGGUUAACUCUCCACCGGAAGAGUGGUGCACUAUAUGUACCUGGAUAUGUGGUGAAUGGUAAAGUGGAGCUGAAUCCUCCAAAGCCUCCAGUUAAUGAACAACCACUGGUGGUAGGAAACUUUACCAGAACAGCCACUGGAGAAAGUUUUCAGGUUUCUAUUACAAACCCACCAAUUUACCCUCCUAACAAAAUCACAGAUCUUAAAUCUGAAAUCAAGGAGGACACUGUACUUCUCAUCUGGACGGCUCCUGGUGAGGACUUGGACCAGGGAACAGCUGAAUCCUUCGAGAUCAGAUGGAGCGAUGACCUUGAAGUGCUUCGUCUAAACUUCAGCGAUGCUUCUUUAGUCAACACAUCUGCAGUCUCACCUCAAGAGUCUGGAUCAGUUCAACAGCUUUCAUUUAAUAUGACAAUCCAGAAUGGUACCACACUCUUCUUUGCUAUUCAGACUGAAGACAAAGAUGCUGUGAAAUCUAAAAUAUCCAACAUUGCUCAAGCAUCAAAGAUCCUGCCUGCUCCAAAACCCCCAGGAACCUCAAAUUCAAGCCUGAUUUUGAUAGUUAUUAUCGUUUCCGUUUGUGUGUCAACUUUAGUUUUGUGUUUGAUUAUUGCUGUUACAGUAUGGGCAGUUAAACAAAAGAAACAUGUUCAGUCUUUGACAACUUAGACUAUCAAGUUCAAACAAAUGCCAAAACCAGUGCUUAUUCAUAAUUUGAAAAAUAUGUUAAUCAAUUUUAUAAUGAUUUUGAAAAUUUUGAGAAAUCUUUGCAACAAACCCAUAUUUUAAAAUGGCAUGAGGCCAGGAUUAAGCAGAUUUGAGGUGAAAGUAUUUGAUAAAUGUAUAAUAUGUGCCUGGAGUAUUUUGUUUAUAUCAUUAUCUCAUUUUUGACAGAGGAGGUGUUUAGCAGCUUUUGCAUUUCAUUGUUUGCUCAUGUUUGUUCAUUCUACAUUUAAUAUAUGUUUACAAUAAAUGUAAAUGCUUUGUAAAUUGAGCUAUGCUCUACUGUAACCUUAUCAUCUUAAUUCCGUACUGCAAAAUUUAUUUCAAAUAAACUUUCAUUAGGAAGUGA